AUGGGCGAGGCACUCAGAAAAUGCGUAGCGUGCGACUGGCUCGGAGACUCGAUAUUCGGCGUGGAUGUGGACAGGGUCUUCGCGUAUCCAACCCCGAAGGUCGUCUCCAUCCAGGACCGCACGCUUGGCAUUGUGAAGUACUCGCUGAUGCUGUUGAUCUUUUGUUACGUGGCAGUUUACCAGAUGGCUUACAUGGGAGAGCAUUUCGAAAUGUCCGCCGUCGAAGGCAUCUCCCGGCAGCAGUGGAAACACCCCACGAAAAAUGGAUGCAACCCCUCACAUGUGGAUUGCGUGGCCGAUUUCACGCCUGUCACUGCACUUCCUUACUGUAGGCAGCACUCUGGUGGAAACACUACUUCCGCAAACACGAGUUGCAGAUAUUUCGACGCGUACGGGCUGCCUGUGUCGAUGCCCAAGGGAGUACUCAUGCCUACGUACAUCGAGACAUACAAGCAGCGUGUGGAGUGCCCCCCCGGGGCCGAGGACUGCGAGAUGACGUACCGCUACGUCAACGAUGAGGGGCAGCUGGAGAAUGGUACCGGGAAAGCCGUGCCGAUCAGUGCGGCGUACGUGGCAGACGUAGAAGAUUUCACCCUCCUGAUCGACCAUUCUUUUAGGACCGUCAACGGCAAGAUGGCGAGCCAAGCCAGCCACAUGGAGGGCAGCUACAGGGCAUGCAGAGCCACAUCGGGGACAGCUUCAUGGAUCAGCGGUGGUGCACUCGGUGUAGCGAGCCAAGCCCGCCACACCGAGUGCACCACACAGCCCCUACCUUGCGUCCACCCGGGCUGCCGACGAGCUCGGGGCUCAUUCUUCGCCCUCCCCCGAAGGAUUGGCACUCCGCAUGUGUCUGUAGUCCAGUCGUCGCUCCGUCACCGAGAGCAGUCUGUGAGGCCAACACAGAGCCUUGCGUUGGACGCCGACAGUGAGCAGACCAUGACCGACACGGCCACGCUCGCCGCCACCUCUGCGUUGCUGGAGCCAGUGGCGUUUUCAAUCGAGGCCGGGGACGUGUUCUCUCUGCGCACGCUUCUGGCCAUGGCGGGCGAGACGUUGGACGACGCCGACGUGCAGGGCGAGCCGCUCCGGCGCCGAGGUGGCGCCUUGGUGGUUGGCAUCGAGUACCACAACCUAAGGCGGUGGAGCCUGUUCUCUACGCAGGACCCGCCUGAAUACACCGUCUCGGCCACGCUCAGCAGCACGGAUAAGUUCAAGCACAGGUACGCGUACGGUGAGGAUCAGAAUGGCCGCAUGCUCAAAUCUCUCUAUGGGGUUUACGUUGUGGUGGAACAGUCUGGCCAACUCGCUUUCUUCGAUAUUACCCACAGCUUGCUGAUACUUACAACUGCGUUGGGAUUGUUGGUUCUCGCUAAUACAUUGACUGACUUCCUGGCUCUCUACAUCCUACCGCGCAAAGACGAGUACUACAAAUGUAAGUAUGAGGAGACGGACGAUUUCUGCCCUGCGAAAAGCUAG